CAAACAAAACAGGACAAACCCUGAGGAGGUUCUCAAACACCUCUCUGCAAGCACCCUGCACGCUGUUUGGAUCUCAACCUGUGCAGAGAGUCGACAUGAUAACGAUGAAAAGCUUUGGUGUUUUGAUCUGCGCUCUGGCAGCCCUGGCAGCACCUGAAGCAGGCUCACUGAGAGAAAGACGACGGCUGACACUUUCUGUUCUCUCUUCCUCCUCCUCUUCGUCCUCUUCGGAAAGUUCAGGAAAACGUGGUGACUGCUACAAUAGUGUUGGACUGUACAGAGGCAAAGUGUCUAAAUCAGAGAGUGGACGAACAUGUGAGGACUGGGAUUUAGUCACCAGGAAGCUGCUCUUGUCUUCAAAUGUCAAUGCAGGAAGGCACAACUUCUGCAGAAACCUUGACGACAGACGGAGGGAUUUCGUGCCUUUUUCCAAAAGAAAUUAUAGCUACAGUCUGCUAAUGGGUUUUCCCCACAGAGACCUUCACAACAGACGGCGUCCGUGGUGCUAUGUUCAGAAAAACCGGCGGCUGGUGUGGGAGUAUUGUCGUAUUCCACGUUGUAGAUUUAAUUCAUCUGCAGAGCUGACAUGUGGCCAGCGCACCAGAAGAAAGCAGAUGAAGAUUGUGGGUGGAACAGUUGCCACUGUGGAAUCCCACCCGUGGGUUGCUGCCAUAUUUUGGCGCAGCAAAUCCAAGGAGAAGGUUUUCCGCUGCGGGGGGAGUCUGAUCUCAGCCUGCUGGGUCCUCACAGCUGCCCACUGCUUCCCUGAAGGCUCCCGCACCCAACAGCACCGCUUCUCCGUCACCCUGGGGAAAAAUGCUCUGAAUGAGAGCGACCCAGCUGUGGAGCAAACAUUCAGGGUGGAAGAAGUCAUCAUCCAUGCAGGGUAUGACAACAGUGAGGGGAACUUCAACAAUGACAUAGCCCUGCUGAAGCUGAGGGCCAAACACGGGAAGUGUGCAGAGGAGAGCAGCUCUGUGAAGACUGUCUGCCUGCCGCCGCCUCAGCAGAGCCUCCUGCCUGGUGUCACAUGUGAGAUCGCUGGAUAUGGAAAGGAGAAACACGGUUUGUGGUAUAAGUCUCAGUACCUCAGAGAGGCUGAGGUGAACCUUCUGGCUGACGAUGUGUGUCGACAUGAGGACUAUUAUGGGAACAUGAUCACCGACAACAUGUUUUGUGCAGGUCGUCCUGAUUGGAGCCAGGAUGCCUGUGAGGGAGACUCGGGAGGGCCUCUGGUGUGCGAGGUCGACAACAGGCUCUUCCAGUUUGGAGUGAUCAGCUGGGGCGAUGGCUGCGCAAAGGAGUUUCGGCCCGGCGUUUACACCCGAGUGACCAAUUACAAUGGAUGGAUAGAAGAGAAGACAGGGCUGUCAUCCGUCACCGAUGGCUCCAUGUUCCCUCAGAAGUGACCUGAGGACAUGAACUGUUGGUGCUGCUCGUUACCAUUUUCUAUUUUUUUCUUAAUAAAAAGUCACAAAACAACAAUGAAUGUAUCCUACUAACACGUCGUUUUGUGUAUCAGGCUGUAUAGUCAGGCUGUUGAUGUAGUUGAUAUUGUCAGUACGCUAACGUGAUUCACAGGGAUAUGCUGAUCAGCGUGUUAGCAUGCUAAAAAGUGCUAAUAAGCACUAAACAAAAAGGACGUAAAAUACAGCAGAGCCUGAUGCAAAAGUCAUUAUUUUUGCAGGCAUUUGCUCAAAGUAUUGGAUAAAUUAGACAUUUUACUUCGAACCGAGAAUGUCAACCUGCUGUGACCAUUCUCAUCUCAGGGCGUCCAAUACCAACGCUUUCAGAAGAAGUGACAAAACGUAGUUAUUUGACGCCAAAGGUACCCUUCAGCUUCGUCUCUAUGAGACUCUCUGGGGCGUUUUGUACAGACCGGAAGUACUAGCUAGCUAGCUAGCUACGUUUGUGUUAAAGGUGUUGACAGAACCCCGAAGCCCCCUACCCUAACCACAACCAUCAGAAAUGUUAGUACCUAAACCAAAGUCACUGACUUUAUGCACGUCGACCGGCUAACCCUACAGCUGUGCACUAGCUAGCAGGUAGGGUUAGCCUCCUUUGUGCUGCUGGGUGAAAUGGUGGCGUUUCUCAUGGACGCUCAAGGGUGCCUUUAGCGUAAAAUAAUUAUGCUUUGUCACGCUGUCUGAAAGCGUCAGUUAUGACGCAUUGAAGUGAGGAGAUCACAAAAGUUAUUAUGACACAUCGUCAUGUGACCAGAGUGGUGGGUCAACAUUGCCUUCUCUAUAGCCAAUUUGCUAACGUGGCUAAAAACACAUCACUGUUGCACUGGGGACCAUGUUCCUUCAUCACCUUUAACACACACACACACUGUAGUUUAUUUAGACUCAGUCCCAGAUCCUGCUGCCCCAAACACUCACUAAAGCACAACAUGUGGAUUCAUCCACCGCUGAAAAUAGUCCCUAACAAAUGUACUGUUUCCUCUAGUAUGAGAAAUGUUUAAUAAAUAGCACAGGGACUAGCUGUUUUAGGAAAUUACUGAGCCGAAAAUUAAACUAUAUAUUUGUGAGGGUUGUUUUAGAGAUCCUCAGUAGGAACCAGUGGGCUUGGGGCUGAGAGUCGGUGACAGGGUAAAGAAGUCUCACAGUUAACCAUUUUGUAAACAUGCAUGCUGUGUUUGUUUUUUUGGACCAGAUGUAAUCUAUCACAUCAAGUCUGCAUAGUUUUUUGUGAAUGGUAACAAAUACAUCCAAACGAUCUGACUGUACAACUUGUUUUUAAAUGUGGUCAGAAAUAAUUCAAAAUGUACAUGAUUUGUAGUUAAUUAGCUAAAACUUGCAAAAGCGCUGUUCAUUUAACCUAUUUUUCAAUUUCAAAUGUAUCUUUGUCUCUGCUGUGUCACGUUAUUUCAUACUUUUUUGUAUUUGGUACUACUGGUAUAUUAUUUUUAAUAUAUAUUGUUUGUUUGUUUGUAUGUUUUUGUUUUUUCUUUACAAAGUUUUUAGCAGAGAUUUCUUUUUUGUUCAUAUUGUUGUCUAUUAAGAAAAGAAACUGUUUUUCUAUUUUUUUGGAGUAUUGCACUUCCAUGAAUAUGUGGUAAUCGCAACUAAACUUUCACACAGUAGUUUGUAGUAAACGUAUGUAUACCUACUUCAUACUAUUUCUUAUGUUUUAUAUAGGCCUAUGCUGUUUUACACCAAAGACCACAUUGAAAAAGGUGUUUUACACACUUAAAUUGUUACAAAUAAAUAAAUCAAAAACUGACUGUUAUAGCUUUUAACUAUCUUUCUCCUACUAUUGGCUGCCUAAUAAAGCUCCAUUACAAUGUUU